UUACAAGACUAAAUUGAUGUAAAAUAAAUAAAAAGCCUGUCAGUUUAUCAGAACCAGCAGGAUCUACUUAAUAAAUAAUGUAUGUGACUGGUGCCAUGCAGCCCAUUCUGAGCUGGUUCUAUCCUCCUCCCCAGAGGAACUCCGGGAGAACCGACUGGGUCUGUGGGAACCAGCACCUCGGACAGCGGCACACCYAGCCUCAGCACGCAGCGGAGCCGGAGGAGAGCCUGCAGAGCCUCGGUACCGCCCCUGUCCUCCCCGGUCAGGAUGGAGCUCAGCUGUCACCUCCACCCCUGCAUUCAGCUGUAGUGUGUAACCGCAGGAGGGGGUUGGCUCAGAGUUGACUUCAGUAGUUAUGAGUUCAGAGCAGGGCAACACUGAGCUGUUAUCAGUUUAAUUAAACUCUGCCUGUUUUUUAUGUUUUGUAAUAAUCAAAAGCCUGAUUCUUCUCUUACAAUGGGGAUAAAACACUUCCUAGUGCUGCUCGUGUGUUUGGAUUUGCUGUGCAUCCUUAGCGCAGGCCCAGUUGGGAAAAAGACCAAACAGUCGCCCAAGAAGCCCCCCAAAGCCACGGUGGUGCCCACGGUGGUCCCACCGAAAACCCCGCAACCGUCYGUGGCCAGCAACCACGACACCUGCCUGGGCUACUACGACGUGAGCGGUCAGUACGACAAGAUGUUCGAGUGCAACAACACCAACCACCGCUACUGCUGCGGCACCUGCUACCUGCGCUUCUGCUGCGAGUACAAGAAGGACCGGCUGGACCAGAAGGCCUGCAGGAACUACCAGACCCCGGACUGGGUGCAGACGGCCGCCCCUUCGCCCAUUCCCACUGGGGAGACGUACGACCCGAGCAUGGACCAGACCAACACYGCGGUCUACAUCACCUGCGGGGUCAUCGCCUUCAUCAUAGUGCUGGGGGUGUCCGUGAAAGUGGCCUAUGAUAAAGCCACGGAGCCCCCCCAGGAGAUGAACAUACACAGGGCCCUUGCGGACAUUCUGAGGCAACAGGGGCCCAUCCCCAUUUCCCAGUAUGACUGUGAGAAUUUUGCAGUGAUGAACGGUUCGUCCAAAGACAACACACCUGUCAGAACCUCCUCUAAGAACCACUACACCCCCAUCCACACCUCCAAAUCCAACCAUGGUCUUCACUACGGCAAAGAGAGUGUCCGAAGCAGCGGGGGCGGCGACCUSCACAACUUCAUCUCCUCUGGCUUUGUGACGCUCAGUCGAGGUCAUCAGAAAGCAGAUAAAGAGGUUGAGGACUACUACUCUCGUAAGCGCCACCUGCCUGACCUGGCAGCAAGAGGCACUCUUCCCCUGCAUGUUCUGAAAAUGAGUCAAGAUCAGGUGGGUGCAAACGUGUAA